AAGAUCACACACACAGUUCCCACAUCACUACACAGAGACUAAACAUUCACUGCACUGAAGAGUUUAGAGGAGCGCUGUCAGCGGAUCCUGCAGGAGAUGGAGGGCUCUCUGACGGCCCGGGACCGGGUGGGGAUUCAGGACUUUGUCCUUCUAGACGCCUACACCAGUGAAACGGCAUUCAUGGACAACCUCAAAAAACGGUUCAAUGAGAACCUCAUAUAUACCUACAUUGGGACCCUUCUGGUGUCAGUUAAUCCAUAUAAAGAGUUGGGUAUCUACACCAAGAAACAAAUGGACAUUUACAUGGGAGUCAACUUUUUUGAGCUGCCGCCUCAUAUCUUUGCACUUGCUGACAAUGUUUAUCGGACAAUGAUCAGUGAAACCAGCAACCACUUCAUCCUCAUCUCUGGUGAAAGUGGUGCAGGCAAGACGGAGGCCUCUAAGAAGGUCCUGCAGUUUUAUGCUGUGAGCUGCCCGAGCACCAGACUCCUGGACAACGUCAGAGAUCGCCUCCUUCUCUCCAACCCCGUCCUGGAGGCCUUUGGAAAUGCCAAAACCCUGAAAAAUGACAACUCGAGUCGAUUUGGAAAGUAUAUGGACAUACAAUUCGACCACCAGGGAGCAGCAGUUGGAGGCCACAUCUUAAGUUAUUUAUUGGAGAAGUCAAGGGUUGUUCACCAAAAUCAUGGAGAAAGGAACUUCCAUAUUUUCUAUCAGUUAGUUGAAGGAGGAGAGGAUGAGCUUCUUCGCUGGCUUGGUUUGGAGCGAAACUGUCAGAGCUACCGCUAUCUUAUUCAGGGAGAAUGUGCCAAAGUGAGCUCCAUUAAUGACAAGAGUGACUGGAAAACUGUACAGAAAGCACUUACUAUCAUUGAGUUUAGUGAAAAAGACAUUGAGCAUCUGUUUGCGAUCAUUGCCAGUGUUCUUCAUCUUGGCAAUGUUCACUUUGAGGCCACUUUUCAGGGUUAUGCCAGACUGAACAGCAGUGGGGAAAUACACUGGCUGUCUAAAUUAUUAGGCAUCCCCUCAGACAUGUUGCAGGAGGGUUUAACUCACAGGAAGAUUGAAGCCAAAGCUGAAGAGGUUUUAAGCCCUUUCACUGCUGAACAUGCAAAGUAUGCCCGGGACGCACUAGCCAAAGCCAUCUACGGCCGCACAUUCUCAUGGCUUGUAAAUAAGAUAAACGAAUCCUUGGCAAAUAAGGAUUCAACCAGAAAGACAGUGAUAGGACUGCUGGACAUUUAUGGAUUUGAAGUGUUUGAUGUGAACAGUUUUGAACAGUUCUGCAUAAACUUCUGCAAUGAAAAGCUUCAGCAACUUUUCAUCCAGCUCACUCUCAAAUCAGAGCAGGAGGAGUACGAGAUGGAGGGAAUCGAGUGGGAACCCGUGCCAUAUUUCAACAAUAAGAUCAUCUGUGACCUGGUGGAGGAAAAACACAGAGGCAUCAUAUCAGUACUGGAUGAAGAAUGUCUGCGUCCUGGAGAAGCCACAGAUUUUACAUUCCUGGAGAAGCUAGAGGGAAAGAUGAGUGGCCAUCCUCAUUUUGUCACGCACAAAUUGGCUGACCAGAAAACACGCAAGACCCUGGAACGAGGAGACUUCAGACUUCUACACUAUGCUGGAGAGGUUACUUACUCGGUUGUUGGAUUUCUGGACAAAAAUAAUGAUCUUCUGUACAGAAACAUUAAAGAGGUCAUGCGACAGUCUAAGAACAGCAUUAUCCAGCAUUGCUUCCACACUAUUGAGCCUGAUGGCAAGAAAAGACCCGAGACGGUAGCCACCCAGUUUAAGAACAGCCUUGCCGGCCUGACCGAAAUCCUGAUGACGAAGGAGCCAUGGUAUGUGCGGUGCUUGAAACCCAACCACUGCAAACAGCCAGAUCGCUUUGAUGAUGUCAUGGUGAGACAUCAAGUCAAGUAUCUGGGGUUAAUGGAGCACCUGAGAGUCAGACGGGCCGGGUUUGCUUAUAGGAGAAGAUAUGAAGUCUUCCUCAAGAGAUACAAGGCUCUGUGUCCUGACACAUGGCCACACUGGAAGGGGACACCAGCGGAAGGAGUGCAGCGGCUCAUCAAACACCUUGGCUACAAAACAGACGAGUACAAGAUGGGAAGAACAAAAAUCUUUAUUCGCCAUCCCAGGACUCUGUUUGCCACUGAAGAUGCAUUUGAAGUCUGCAAGCAUGAAUUAGCCACAAGAAUCCAGGCCAAAUACAAGGGCUACAGGGUGAAAGGAGACUACCUGAGGCAGAGAGAAGCAGCUACCAAGAUUGAGACAUGUUGGCGGGGCCUGCAGGCCAGAAGAGAGCGAGAAAGAAGAGCCUGGGCUGUCAAAGUCAUCAAAAAAUUUAUUAAGGGCUUCAUGAACAGGAAUCAGCCUGUAAGCAUGGACAACUCUGAAUAUCUGGCCUUUGUCAGACAGAGCUACCUCACUCGACUCAAAGAGAACCUGCCAAAAUCAGUUUUGGACAAAACCACGUGGCUGACUCCUCCACCCAUAAUGCAGGAGGCCUCGGUUCUCUUGCGUAACCUGUACACACGCCUCCUUGUUAGGAAGUAUGUUCGAGGGAUCAGCGCACAGAGAAAGAUGCAGCUGCAAACCAAAGCACUGACCAGUGAAAUUUUCAGAGGCAGAAAGGAGAGCUACCCUCAGAGCGUAUGCCAACCCUUCGCUGACACUAGGAUAAGUGAACAGGACAUAAACAUUAAAGUCUUACAACUGAUUUGUCCUGAAGGCAUUAAGUACAGUGUUCCAGUGAUUAAAUAUGACAGGAAUGGCUUUCGUCCACGUUUCAGACAGCUUAUCUUCACUCAGGCCGCUGCGUAUCUGGUGGAGGAGGCCAAAAUCAAACAGAGGGUGAAUUACAGCUCUCUAAAAGGGGUGUCUGUCAGCAACUUAAGUGACAACUUCCUGAUACUCCAUGUCGCGUGUGAAGACACAAAGCAAAAAGGAGACCUGGUCUUGCAGUGCAGCUAUCUGUUUGAGGCAUUGACAAAAAUCUGUGUAGUGACAAAGAACCGCAGCCUCAUCAAAGUUGUACAAGAGAGCGUGAGGUUUGACAUCCAGCCUGGGAAAGAAGGCUUUGUUGAUUUUAAGAGUAGCAGUGAAUCCAUGGUCUAUAGAGCCAAGAACGGACACUUGAUGGUGGAAUCUGCACGAACAAAAUCUCGAUGACAAAGUUUUACCUCACAGACUUCUCCACAGUGGAACAGUAAUGCAUGGAGGCACACAAAUUAAUACAUUCAUCAGCUCAAUAAGAAACAAAAUAACAUUUAGACCUAAACAAAAUAUGUGAAUCACAUGUGGGAGGCAUAAUAUGUGCUUUUAGGGUUCCUCAAGGGAUUAGAGUUGGGUAAAACUGCUUUAGAAUAUUUUUAAAAAUGACUUUAUUCUUCAAGGGACGAAUAAUAAAACUUUAUUCAACAAUUUAUUCACGUACGCACAUUUACCAUUCACAUUUAUUAAGAAGAAAAGUCAACAAGUUGAGCUGGUGUAUUAAAAUAGCUGGACUUCUGUUUUUUUUUGUUUUGUUUCGUUUGUAUAAUUUGAAGUGUUUAAAUUCUGUAUUUUUAGCUGUUUACUGUACAUUGUUUUGUUGUGCUUUUUAUAAACUCAUAUUUUGUUAUAAAUAUUCAGCAUUUCAUGAAAAGGACUAAUAUUUCUUAUCAAAUGGAAUUGAGUUUGUCUUUGAGCUUGCUAAACUGUGCACUUUUCUGAUGGACAAAAUGUAUGUUAAUUGUUGCUUUAAAGCGGAACUUUUUUUAAAAAAAAUUGUCCAAAUGAAGUGCUGUAGCCUACUUGUUAAUCUCAUACAUUGGGUAUCAUGACAGAAAAACUUAUACUGUGCUCAUUUUUGUAUUUGUAUUUUGUUUUAUCUCCCAUACUGCCAAAACCUGACAACAUGCAACAUGCCAGCUUCAUUGCAUUGACAAACAUACACGUAAGCUGGUUAUGCCCAGAACACAUGAGAAAAAACAAUGUAUUUACAUAAUUUGAAUAAAGUUUCAAAUAUAAAAUGCCAUUUAAUAUGAGAUACAGAACAUAUGUAAUAUUUGUAAGCUGUAAUAUGAUAUAUGUUUGAUAGUAAUUCCUGGACAGCCAGUUGUUGUCAUGCUUUAUCUGAACAAUCCAUUGAAAUUUGUUUGGCUGUUGUCUUAAAAUGCAGCAGAAAUAUAUGUAACUUAAUGAAAUCAAGACGGUAGACUCAUUUUUAUAAUAAUGUAUUGUACUUUUUUAAUUUGUGAUGUCUUUUUUCUCUUGGUAAUUCAGUUCAUCUAUUGUAUAAACUAUUUGCAGUGGUCAUCACUUGGUGGACGGUUCCUGAUGUUUCCAACUAAAGCAUACAAAUAAAAGCAAUGUAAUAAAAGUAA